UGACUGGCUGAUAUCCUAUCUCAUAUCUUACCUUUGCCAAAUCAAGCUUCCCUUCAACAAACCCAAACCUUAAGACGGCUACUUUCCUUCUUACGUGUCGCGCCAGGACUUUACGUCUCGGAAUAUACACCUAUUAAAAUAAAAACUCCUCUACUAUCUACAGAAUUAUUCAUUUAUACCCAAUACCUACCUAAUUACAAAGAGAUCCUCCCAAAUGUCAUCCACUACCUUCGCCCGCCGCCUCCGUCCAGCCCGCCUCUUCCCAGCAUCCUAUCCCAGACCUUCGAACCCAGCCACACCAAUACAUCAUCAUCAUCCUCUCCGCACUCGAUCCAACCCCCAUCCUCGAAGCAGACGCUUCCAGUCCUCCAAACCACCCACCUCCCCCUCAUCUUCCUCUGCCUCCGCAUCCCAAGCCCGCCAAACCCGCCGCUUCGACGCGCUCCUCGCGCGCACGAGCCGCUGGAUCCCGCGGCCCCUGCGCCCGUACCUCGCGCAGCUGCGCUCGGCGCCGCUCUCGCACGUGGCGGCGUUCCUCGUGCUGCACGAGGUCACGGCCGCGGUGCCGCUGCUGGGGCUCGCGUACGCGUUCCACCGCGCGGACUGGGUGCCGACGACGUGGGUUUUGGGGCCAUGGGCGGCGUGGGCGGAGGAGGGGCUGGGGCGGUACAUGCGGUGGUUUAGGAAGAGGGGGUGGUUUGGGCUCGGGGACGAGGGGGAGGAGGAGGAUGCGGGCAGGGAGGGGGAGGAGAGGUUGGAGAGGAGGUUGAGGGAGGAGAUGGAGAUGGAGAAGGAGAGGAAAAGAGGGGGUUGGUUGGGAUUUUGGAGACGGAAAGACGAGGGCGAGCAUGGUGGUGUUGGUGUCUCUGAGAAGGAAGAACUGGCUGAAGCUGGCAAGGAGGAGCGUAAGGGUGUGAAGGCUUGGCGCAAGGUCAGGGACACGGUCACGGCCGAGAAUACGGAAAAGGGCUACAAGAUUGGCAUACAAAUCGCCGCUGCCUAUGCGAUCACCAAGGCGUUGCUGAUACCUAGGAUAGCUCUUAGCCUCUGGGCGACCCCUUGGUUAGCUAGAGGGUUCGUGACAGUACGGCGUUCGUUGUGGAACAAGUGCAGCUAAGAAUCAAGUCACUCCCAUCUAAC